AUGCCCGGCGCCGUGUGCGCGCGCCUCGACGCGCUCGACUCGUGGCCGCCGCCCGCGCUGCUCGUGCUGCCCUAUAUGUUCUACGUGGGGCUCUUCUUCGUCAACGUGCUCAUCCUCUACUACGCCUUCCUCAUGGAGUACAUCGUGCUCAACGUGGGCAUCGUCUUCCUGCCCGAGGACGUGGAGCAGGCGCUGCUGGAGCUGGGCGCGCUCUCCGAGACGGGCUCCGUGCUCUACGACGCGGACGGCGAGCUCGAGGUGCUCGACGGCUACCUGGAAUAGCGCGGGGCCCGCACACUUGUGAAACACCUGGAACGGAUAAUGGCCUGGCUGCUGGAUCAAAGGAGAAGAAGAAGCUACGCUGUGAACUGCAGAGGUGAAGGCGGCCAAGGGGGCAGCGGCAGAGCUGGCAUCAGCCCUGCUCCGCUGUGACUCCUGCCCACGGCCGUGGUGUGCGGGGAACGGGGAUCCGCGCACAGCGGCGGCUUCCAGGGCUCAUUCCAGGCUGUGCUGGGAAAGGGAAUUCCAGGCAUGGCUGUGGUUUGAUGGAUCUGUGACCCCCCGGACACGCUGCGUACGGCCGCCGACCCCCUCACCACCUCGACCACUACCAGCCAGUUCGAAGCCAGGGCUCUCUCAGGGGAACAUACCCACAUGGGGCUGCAGGGAAGGUUCUGUUCAGGGCAGAAUUGGGGCUCAUACUGUGCUAGCAAGACACUUUAUUUAUAUGGUGAGUUUUGAAAUAGAGCAGAGAGUUAAUUUUAUAUAAGUCAGGUGGAUUCAUUACCUAACACGAGGUACUUUACAGAUUGUUUAAGCUGGUGUUCCUAUGUACAGAUAUGAAAGCAAUACAAUAAAGACUGACCUUUUUCAUAGAAAACUA